UAUCCUUGGUUGCCUGGUUUUGGAUUAAAGUCCAGCGACCGCGGAGAUAAGGGAACAAUUUAAUUGCCCACUCACUUCACCAUGGCAGCUCUUCUCUCCUCUUCAAAUCCUCUCGUUGGUGCCGCUACGCCUCCUCUCUACUCUCUUUCCUCGUCCUUUAAGGGCAAUGUGAGAUUUUUAAGAGCAACCCCAUCUCAAAUUUGUGCUCUUAAAUUUCACCCUGGCGGAAAACAACAACAAUGGCCACGACCAGCAACACCAUUCAUUGUGUUAAAUCAAGCAUCUUCUUCACCCGUAGAAGCUUCUUCGGGUUCCAUUGUGAGGUUUAGGCUUGAUAAUCUGGGGCCUCAACCAGGCUCGAGGAAGAAGGCGAAGAGAAAGGGUAGAGGUAUAUCAGCAGGACAAGGGGCCAGCUGUGGGUUCGGGAUGAGAGGCCAGAAAUCCCGGUCUGGCCCCGGAGUCAUGAAGGGCUUCGAGGGUGGUCAAAUGCCACUCUAUCGCCGCAUCCCUAAACUGAGAGGAAUUGCUGGAGGUAUGCAUGCGGGUUUACCUAAAUAUAUACCUGUUAACCUAAAACACAUAGAAGCAGCAGGCUUUCAAGAUGGAGAUGAAGUGUCACUGGAAACUUUAAAGCAAAAGGGUUUGAUCAAUCCAUCAGGAAGAGAAAGGAAACUUCCUUUAAAGAUUCUUGGCGAUGGGGAACUAAGUGUGAAACUGAACUUCAAAGCUCGUGCCUUUUCAACUUCAGCAAAGGAAAAGCUCGAGGUUGCAGGCUGUUCGCUCACUGUACUACCCGGCCGAAAGAAAUGGGUAAAGCCAUCGGUUGCGAAAAACCUUGCACGAGCUGAAGAAUACUUUGCCAAGAAAAAGGCUGGAGCUGCGUCAUCUGAACCUGCUUCUGCUUGACUUGUUUUAACCUCUUCACAGCAUGUAAGAUAGCAAAUGAAGAAACUAAAGGGUGUGGAAAGGAAGGAAAAAAACCCUUUUUCUCCCCUCUAUUUUAAUUUUGGUCAAUUCUCAUUUUGCUUCUUUUAAGUUCAAAGUUCCUGAAUAUUUUUCUUCUAAAUACAUGCAAAAUUAGAGAUACCAAUUCCCUCAUUGGCUGGUUAGCACGAGAAAGUGUAACAAGCAGAAAUAGAGCACAUGGAUCCUAUGGCUACUUCAACUUGCGUAUAUUUUAGGCCCAAAGGAAAAAGAUGCUACCCCUUUUAAGCCCACUAAGAAGAUGCAGCGAGUGGCAAUUCCAACCACACAUUAUAGACAGACACCAGGUAGUCGAAUGUAUCUUUUCAAUGACUGGAUUUGCAAAUGGCCACCACCGAGAAAAUGCCCAUGUAGAAUAUGGGGAUAGCCAAUAAACAGGGUUAUAUCAACAUCAUCAUUACUUUUUACUUGCUUCUCCUCGAUAUCGGUAGUAUGAUGAUAAGUAUAAAUUUGCUGCGCGACGCAAUACCUUUGCAGAGUUCGUGUUCUAUAAGGCGUCAUGCUCAAUUUGGUCAAGCGGUGGUGGGACAAGGAGGUUCCUUAUUUAUUUUGUUUUGGAUUUAUUCCUUUCUUUUUCCAUAGAGACCAAAAUGAUUAAGCAGAGAUUUUGUUGUUUGAAGUC